UAUAUAGAUUGGAAAGCGGGAAGCUCGCCUCGUGCCGAUAGUCAAACAUCAUUUCUGAUUAGUAUAGGCUGAGGCGAGAAGCCGCGAACAAGAGAACGGCCUCAAUGCCGAUGACGACGACGACGACGACGACGAGGCGUUGAAGAUCGAGUUGGAACUUUGGUAAAAUACAAUUUACUAUAGCCUAAAGCGGGCGCGUGCGUCAGUGGUGUAUGGGUAACGAAAAAGUCAAAAGAAAAAAGAAACGGGCGGUGCAGUGCGGUGCAACAUGUGCACGAGCGCUCGACUUGAGCAUCACGGGCUCACGAUUCAAGCUGCUGCAGCCAUGACCGAGCCAAUCGCGAUCUGAUCGGCAUUAUCGGAAGAGCGCGCCGAUCGCAGGUAUGCUAGAGGCUGCGGUAGGGCCGCCGCUCAUCCGUCACCGACCGAACUCGAGGCAGGAUAACAACGGAGGCCGAGGAUGCAGGCGACCGGCAGCGCCUGGGAGCGGCUACACGUCGCCACGACCUCGAGCCACGACAUCCGCGAGGCCGACAAGCUCAUCAAGAAGAAGCUCUGCUGCUACUUCAUGCUCGCCGUGGGCGUCAUGACCGCGUGUGGCGGCUUCCUCACCAACCACGCCCUCCAAAAGUUCAACACGAAUAAUGCUCGAGCCGCGGAGCUGCGCGACCGACAGCACAACGCCAAAUACGCCAAUCGGAGCGUCCAGAACGACUUUGUGCAUAAUCUCGACGCCAUGAGCGGCAAUAUCGAGUAUGAGGACGCUCCGGGCCCGUUCGAUCGUUGGGAGCAGGGCAUCGAUCGCACUGGAUACAUCUUCUCCGACUUGGAAGUAUUCAAGCUCAGAGUCAACGAAACCUUCGACAGAAUGACCGCGAGUAUCUGCGGUUACCCAGAAAAAGACAGAUUGGUCGUGAUAUCGGCGAGUGGCCACGGUCGCGACAUCGCCAUCAACAUCGCCAAGGCGAUGAAUCAGUUGCACAAAAAAGGCUCCUGGAGGCCCAAGCGCACCUGGGUCUUUUGCCUCUUCUACGGCUCCAAGGACCGCUGCGCCGAGGCGUUCCGCGAGGACAUCAAGCACAAGAUCGUCGGCUACGUGGCCAUCCACGGCGACAUGCACGGCACGCGUCCGGCCGGCGUCCUGCGCGACCAAAUCCACGUGUUGGGCUCCGGCGUGCAGCAGUCGACCGUCGUCAACGCCAUCAACGAGACCGAGGCUUUCUACGUUGGAACGUACGGGCCCGAGGUCCGCGCCGACAUCCUGACCGACUCGCUGCCGAGGCUCCACAUCGGCAUUCCUCACGUUCUUCUCGAGCACAGCCGAGGAACUAGCGCCAAAUCGACCGACGAUAUGCUUCGCGACCAAAAGAUAUUGACGCGAAUCGUCGCCCUCGCCAUGUGGUCGCUGUCCGAGAGCUUGUUCUUCCGUUGGGAUCCGCGCACCUUCAAUGAUACUAUGCACCAGGCUUUGGAGAUUGUUCCCAAAGGAGCUCAACAAGAGAAAGAUGCUCUCAAAAAUACGAUUACAAGGCUCACCGAUAAUGUCAUUGAUUUCAACUACCAUUUAGACAAACAAGUCGAUAAAUUGAAUGACUUCGAGAUUCGUCAAUACAACGACAAGUUGCUCGAUUUUGAAAGAGCAAUGUUUUGUUCCGAUCAAUUUUCACGAUCUCAAACUGACAUUGCACAAUUUAAAAAUUUUUCAUCGCAAUCUAUAGAUCAAGUGAAAUCAACUCUCAAAGACAUUCGCAAUUGCUUUGUCCUGGCUAACAGAAUAAUUCGCGAUAAAGAUCUAUGUAAUAUAUUGUCUUGAAGCGAUUAUAGAAAAUAAUUU